AGAAUGCUCCAGGAGUUCACAAUAAUACUAUUAUGCAUUGGUAAUUCAAUUCUGAAAGAUGAUACAAAUGCUGUCAUGAAAAUGCCCCAUGUUUUCGUUGGGUUUAAAAACAAAAUGAAACGCAAUAAUGAAAACAAUUACAAAUCAAUAGCUUGACAACUUGUCUUAGCUGUCUCGACUAAAGUGAACGUAGAUUUCUAUAACCCUUCCAUCGACAAAAUUACAUCAUUUAGACGACGAGAUACUUUCACCGUGCUUCAAAAGACCAACCAACGCGGGCUGAGAGGACUGUAUGCAACGUCCCAACAAACACAGGCGGAUAUAAUGGAGGAAAACCCUCUCCACAUGGUAAUCGAACUUAUGUAUUUAGCGUGCGCCUGUGAAGCGCCUGACCGCCACACCAGAGAUAUCAGUCGUUCAACUCGAUGCGCUUAUUUGUGUUGGAAGUUAAGAUAAAAACGGACGCGAGGUCGGAUCAUUGAUUUGUAAUUGUUUUCAUUCUUGUAUUUCAGUUUGUUUAAAAACUCAGCGAAAGCAUGAGACAUUUCCAUUACGACAUUGGUAUCAUCUUUCAGAAUUGAUUUUCCAGUACAUAAUAUUGUGAACUCUUUUAAAGCCCAGUGCGCAGCAAAACAUUUUUUUCCUUAUUUAUAGGCCUAGUUGUUUAAAUAAGGCUUUCGACGCGAGAACCCUCCACAUUUUAUACAAUCAAAACUGGAAUAGUUUGUCUUUCUCGAGUACUAAAUCAACGGAGGGGCACUCGGGUGCAUGCAAUAAUGAAGUCACAUUAAUCUCUCUCCACAUCAUCCGCAUCAACGACGCGUAUCUAAGCCUACGGCCAAUGUUUUUGGCUUUGGGACAAUUGCAACAAGCAGACACGUUUCCGAUUUGCUCAGUAGUGACGGAUGCAGUUAAAAUUGCCACCUUUGAAAACCUGGGUUUUUCCACCGGUGAUUUUUGGCGUGUGUGUUCCCAAACAGGCACUCGAGGAUGCACGUCGUUGUUUUAUUGUUCGUCCAUUAUUCAGAGACACGUUCUGGCAAGACAGGGAGACAUUUGUCUGACGUCGUGGUGAAAUCAGGCGCUCGUCAAAACAAUGAAAUAAAAGAAACCGGCACUUUUCCACUCGUUGGGAACUAGAAAAGGAUCUCACAAAGCCUCGAGGUUGGGUUCUGUGCGACGCGUCUAGACAACUCAACUGGUUUUAAAUUAGUUCCGCCAGGCACGUCUGCUUUCUCCCGCUGGAACGGGCCGACAACUCAUCCUGUUUAACAACAGAACUGUUUCAGUGGCUGGACCUUGCCCUCAAGACAGAAAGUCCUAGUUUAUUGGACGCCCCAUUUCCCCUGACCCGCCCCGACCCGCCCUCUUUCUUUUCAAAUCAUCAGAACCCAAACUGUCUAUCAAAUGGCGAUUACGUUCAAGCGGAGACCAAACUGGCUCAAGAAGAGAUUGAGUCGACACCCACGCUGCCCCAGACACGGAUCGGUAUUCUCAGCAACUAGCCACAGCAGCAGCAGCAGUAGCAGUAGAAGUAACAAUACCAACGACAGAGCCAGUACCCAAACACGUAUGGCCACAGACAGCAACAACAACAGCAACAACAGCGAGAGAGGGGUCAUCAAAAACAGCUCAAGGAACGGAACUUCCGCAACGGAAAGCAAACACUGCGUAUCCCACAAAACCUGCUCCUUCUGUCCGUCACAGAGCUUGAGAAAUUUCGUCGUCUUUACUGCCAGCAAAUACUUCGGAUUUUUCUAGUUAGCUUCCCGGGUUACUGGAUAGUCAGCAGACUCCUUACAGUGAAAGCUACUUGCUACAGGAACAUACCAUGUUACUGUUUUAUCUUUCAUGACACUUCUGUGCUUUACGAAUGACAAAAAAGACAUUUCUGAAGUUGAUUUCUACACGUUUUUCGUUGAACGACGAACAAAAAUAAACGUCCGUCAAGACAGUCAUUGUCUGAACGUUCUCUCAGUAUUUUCCAUUGGUGAUAUUUGCUAAGUUCUGAAGUCUCUGGUAGACCAAGCUCUGCAUCAUGGCGUACACGGUGAACACAAACUUCACCACGCCCAUCAUCAACCUGGCCACGACAUCUGGUGUACCCACCACUGUUUUCCCAGACAAUGUCACCGGCGUGUCCACGGAAGUUCCCAUCUCCAACCUGCGGAGCUUCCAUGAAACCUACGGCUCCAUUCACGGCAUUGCAGCGCCCAUCAUCUGCAUCCUGGGCAUCAUUGCUAACUGCCUGAAUAUCGUGGUACUCACAUGCAAGAACAUGAUCUCUCCCACAAACGUUCUUUUAACCUGGCUCGCCAUAUCGGACGGUCUCACAAUGACGGCUUACCUCCCUUACGUCAUCCUCAACUACCACAUCUACACAAAGGACGUCCCGUGCCCUCUGGCCAACGCUCGCUUCAUCAUGUUCUUCGCCAUCUUCAGCGUGGUGGUUCACAGCAUCUCUAUCUGGCUGACGGUGUCCUUGGCUGUGUUUCGCUACGUCUUCAUCCGUUACCCACGCCGUGGCGCCAAGCUGUGUAACAUCUACCGCGCCAAGCUCACCGUGUUUAUCGUGUGUGUUGUGGUCACCGUGGUGACCAUUCCCAACUCGGUGAGCUACUCGUUUCACACGACUCUGACGGAGAAGAACGAGACGUCCUGGUAUAUCGACGUGCGUCAAGACACACCUGGCUACCAGUUCCUGAAGAACUUCAAUCUGUGGAUACAGGCGAUCCUGGUGAAACUCCUGCCCUGCUUUCUGUUGGCGGUGCUCAGCAUUCUGCUCAUCAAGCAGAUGAAGGACGCAGAACGCCGCCGUAAGAAGCUCAUGAACAAAAGCAACGCCAAAGCAGACGACGACUCUCGGCGGCACAGAAAGACAAACAGGACGACCAGGAUGCUCGUCGUCGUUGUCGUCCUUUUUGUUAUCACCGAGACCCCUCAGGGCAUCCUACAGCUGCUCGGGGGGAUCAUAGACGACUUUUUCACCAACGUCUACGGCCCGCUCGGAGAUCUGAUGGACACGCUAGCUUUGUUCAACAACGGCAUCAACUUUGUGCUCUAUUGCACCAUGAGCAAGCAUUUCAGGGAUACGUUCAUUAAGAUAUUUCUCAGCGAUAUUGUAAAAGCCACCAGAGCACAGAGCGACGGUCAGCUGAUGACCGCUCGGACCACGAGGGUGUCCGAAGUUUGAGUUCUGAGCUGGUUACACGCAGGGGCACAGCUGAACCCAGCCUGCUCUGUGGAAACAGGUAGAUUAUUCUGUAACUUCAAUGUAUACAGAACGAAAUAGUCAAUUCUGGAGGCAGUCUCUCUUCACCCAGACGUGUUCUGCCUUUGGUACACUCAGAGACUACGCCUCUAGUGCUCAUCAUCAUCACCUUGAUAGAUCUAUAGUGUGCUGGGGGGCCUAGCGGUUGGCGCCUGGUGAGGACAGACGUCAACAUCAACGGAUGUGAACCUGAUCGACCGUCAUCACUUUGAUUUGAAAUAAUGGCCCAUGAUUUAGCCUUUUUUAACGUCCCAGAUGCCGCUACAGUUACUGGAUUCCCUUAAUACCGGCCAUUAGCCACCCCAGCAUGAGGACUAUUUCCCAUGAUAUUGAUCAACUACACAGCAGUCCGACACUCUAACAUCGUGGAUACUUCAGAGUCUGGGCACUUGGAGGAGAAAAAUGUACCCCAACAUUUUCUCCCUUACGUGCACUAAACUCGCAAAAUAUCGUUGGUAAAGACUGUUCUAUUUCUUUUGAACUCUCUACAGAGUUAAAAAGAUAGUCCUGACAAGUAACUUGCUUGCAUAUUCAAAUGAGAGACUUGGAAUACAGAUGGACAAAAAACGGUGGUGCCUUGUAGUGCAUUAAGUACACGUCGAGAUAACGUGCAAGACCCUGUCACGAGUGAGGUGCACACAUUUCUCAAAGGAUGCUGCCAAACGAAAAAACUCAAACGGUCUGUACUCUGGUGGUCACUGAGAAAAAGUUCAUGACAUUCGAGGCUGGUCGGUAAAAACUGCCUUCUAAGGAUAUCAUCAAGAAUCCGUUCCAAUCGAGAUUCCACGUGGAAAUUAUUGAGCCACAUCUCGUACUGGAGAGACAGAGGCUGUGUUUUGACAAACUGAAAGGUGAUUUUGUUCUUUCGUGAGCACUUCAAGUCAUUGUACUUCCUCGUAGGUACUUGAACGCAGCCCAUUUCUUGAACAAACUCAGACUGCUUUAUCAACUUCAUUCGUGAAGCCUUGUCAGGUACAUUAUGUUUCUCAACUUGCUAACCUGGCCUGCGAUGAAUUGACACAGAUGACGAACCGUGAGCAUUUCGUCCUGCUGGAGGUUCGACACAAACAACUCGAGUAUCUUUCAUUUAAUUUAUUCAACAAAAAGCUUGUUGGCGAGAUUUGGGGAAACUUUUAUAUUAAUAAAUAUAACUGUGCACUAUCUCGACAGACAGUUGGAACUGGAAGAUGGUCUCGGUGGACAAUUUUGAAGUCUCUCUAAAGCUUCUGAAUCGCUCGCUGUCUUCAUGACCUCAUAUGAUUAUCGACAGCUAUACGAUUGUACAGAAGUUUACCAGGUUAUGUAUAAAUCACAAUAGCUAGCUAUCUUUUCGAGCAUGUGUAAUUACCACUAAUAACCAUACAACAGUGUACCCGGUAAUGCAUAAGUCAGAACAGCUAGCUAUAUGUACAAGCAUGAGUCGUGACUGUUAUAAUAUGACCAUGCGACAGUUUAUCUGGAUAGGCAUAAUAAGUCUCCAUUACUAGCUAUCUGUUCGAGAAUGUGCAACAACAGCUAUGUGUCCAUGCAACAGUUUAUAUGGUUUUACGUACGUCACAAUAGCUAGCUAUCUGUUCAAGCAAGAGUCACGACAACUAUGUGGCAAUACAGGAGCCCCCAGAUGUCUCAACGACUUCCAGAUUGUUGAACCACGAAAGCUAUUGAUCUUGAGCCUGUUGGUACGUGUACGUACGCACUGAUGCCAUUAGAUACCUUUCACAAAGCAUGUUUGCCAUAACUU